GGUGUGUAUGUUUGAUCUAAUGGCUCUGUGGUGCCAUGCCUCUGCUGACAGUGGUCCACUCUGAAGGUAAAGGUGGUACAGGACAGUGAGGGAGCGCAGAUCGGGUCUGUAAAUGGAUGGAGGUCAAAGAGGACGAGGAGAGGAGGAAAACUCAGCAGAGCAGUUCACACCAAACCCCAGUUGUUGAUCAGCCCCAGCACACAGGUUGGUCACAGACUCUGAAGACCCUGCGCCUCUGGAAAGGCUGCUCCAGUGUGGCUCCUGUGGUUGUAGUGUGGUCAGUGUGCCAGGUGGAGGCGCCGCUGCACCCCUCUCUGCUGCUGCUGGAUGUGUGCGGCAGGCUCCUGCUGGUGUGUCUGCUGUGGAUGCUUCUGGGAGGCUGUGUCCAUGCCCUGAAGUGCCGCCUGCGGCAAGGGGGGGAGCCUCCACUGAGGAUACAGCAGGAGGUUGUUAUGGAACACAGGAAUGACCAGUAUUUAUGCAUGUCCCCACCGGGGAGCCCGGGCCCUGACGCUGCUCUGGCCCUCACCCUGGCCCUCGCCCUGGUUGACAGUCUGCUGCUGUGUGUGCUCCAUGAGACGCUGCCAGACCCCGGCAUGCCACACAUACAGGCUCUGCUCUCCAGGCUGGAGUCAGUGUCUCACACACUUGAGAACGCUGAUAUCAGGUCUGAGUUGCACCAGGACUCUAUUCUGGCAGACAAAGUGAAGAUUAUCCGCACCUACCUGCAGCAGAGGAUGAGGUCACUGUGUAGACUCGUGCAGGUGCAGGGGGAUUUUGAAGCCAGUGUGAAAGACAUGCUGGAGGGUCUUGGAGGUCUCUGGGCUCAGCUGGAGGAGCUUCACACCGGGGUCACGCUCACCAAAGAGGGGAGCCCCGGAGACCUGGCCUCGGCCCAGACAGACGCAGAGAAUCUGUUUGCAAUCUUGGGGCACUACAGGAACAGACUGCAAUGCUGCCAGGCUCACCUGAAAGACAGCACACAGCUACUGCAGGAGUUAGCCUGGAGUCACACUCAUAUAAGAAACAGCGUGAGCAGCCACAGCGAGUCAGUCUGGCCGGAGCUGCUGCUUCAGACAAACAUUGAGCAGUUUGACAAGGUGCAGGAGGGUUUCCUCUCCCUGGAACAACAGACCACUACGUUCCAGGCCCACCUGGAGGGACUCAGUAAGGAGAGCCAGGAGGGACAUGCGGGGGCCCUCGCUGACGGGGCCCAUUCACGCUCAGUGUCUCCACAGACUUCCCUACAGCUCCACAGUGAUACGGAGCGCAGGAACUCCACCUCUGCCUCCACAUCUGUCUCCUCUAUGGAUGUGGACACGGAAACAGAAAUGGACGGUCCUCUGACACUUUUUGAGAGGUCAGCGCUGAAGUUCUCCUCCACCAUCAGACGGCUGCGUAAAUCUGGGAAGAGGAAGUGACUUUUUAAUCGGACUUGGAACACUCACUAGAGCUUUUAUAAAAAGAACGGUUUUAAUUACCACAUGGGAAUAUCUUCAAAUGUUGAUCAUUUGCUAGUUGCCUAAACAAUCGUAUUUAUUGCUUCCUGUGUUUACAUUCUGUGGCUUUAAGAGUUUUACUACUUCUGUUGCGUUUGUUUUUUUGCAUUUGAAAUACUCUUGGUAGGCAACAGCAGCCUUUUCAUUUACAGAGUAGUUCAAACACAAGGGGGCGCACUGUCACCAGAUAUUACCUUUGGUUGUUACAAGCAUAAAGGACAUCUCACAUCACCUAUUCCAUUAUACUGUCAGACCUAUCAUAUACUGUACAGCCAUGUCAGCUCUGCAUUGAGGGAAUGUUUCCCAGACUUUUUAUUUCAAUCGACUCUUUAGGAGGAAAUCGUUUGACAUGUUCCUCCAACAUAUGGCCCAUGAAUGAGUUUCUGUAAGAUCAGAGCAGUCAACCACAACUUGCGUCUGAAGAAUUUUAUAAUGUGAAGAAUGAGAAUCAGCCAUAUGUUUUUUACAGUAAAUUAUUUGCACGUACUGAGUUCAUUAAGCAUUUGUACUUAAACAGAAUCAUGUAA